ACUUGGGAGUUUGACCCAGCGGCGGGGACGGAGGAGGAGAGGCAGGAGGUGGAGAGGCUGAGGGAGGAGUUCACGAGGAAUAGGCAGGAGAGGAAGCACAGCAGCGAUGCGCUCAUGCGGUUGCAGCUCACAGGAGGCAAGCCCCCCGCCAAUCAGCUCCCACCUGUUCGAGUAGCAGAGGAGCCCGUGUCCACAGCCACAGCGGUGGACGAGGCAACAGUGGAAGUGACUCUAAGGAGGGCGGUGCGCUUCUAUGAGACGAUUCAGGCGGAGGACGGGCACUGGGCAGGGGACUAUGGCGGCCCUCUCUUCCUCAUGCCGGGUCUGCAGGUGCUGGCAGCAGAGCUCGCAAACCUGUUCCAGCUGGCAGCAGAGCUCGCAUCGCAAACCUGUUCCAGCUGGCAGCAGAGCUCGCAUCGCAAACCUGUUCCAGCUGGCAGCAGAGCUCGCAAACCUGUUCCAGCUGGCAGCAGAGCUCGCAUCGCAAACCUGUUCCAGCUGGCAGCAGAGCUCGCAUCGCAAACCUGUUCCAGCUGGCAGCAGAGCUCGCAUCGCAAACCUGUUCCAGCUGGCAGCAGAGCUCGCAUCGCAAACCUGUUCCAGCUGGCAGCAGACCUCACAUCGCAAACCU